CGAUGAUACGUUUAAUAUCUCUAAACCGAAUGUUCAAAGAAUAUUUGGAGACUUUUACUUGAAGCGUUCAGUUUUCGGAAAAGUAUAUAAUGGGAAAAAGCAGUAAAGACAAGCGAGAUGCGUAUUACCGAUUAGCAAAGGAGCAAGGAUGGAGGGCACGAUCAGCAUUCAAAUUAAUGCAAUUAGAUGAACAGUUUCACUUGUUUGAAGGUGCAAAACGCGUCGUAGAUUUGUGUGCUGCACCAGGAUCAUGGUCGCAAGUCUUGUCACGUAGAUUAAUAGAAAAUACUGACUCUACAUCCAGCAAUGAGGAACGCCCAAGAAUUGUCGCUGUGGAUCUUCAGCCAAUGGCUCCGAUAGAAGGCGUUAGCACAUUGCAGUUAGACAUCACCCAUCCAAGAACAUUAUCUACUAUUUUAUCUCACUUUGGAAACGAACCAGCAGAUUUGGUUGUCAGUGACGGUGCUCCCGAUGUUACUGGUUUGCAUGAUUUGGAUGAGUAUAUCCAAGCACAGAUUUUAUUGGCGGCGUUUAAUAUGGCUGUAUGCAUCUUGAAACCUGGUGGAAAGUUUGUCGCAAAAAUAUUCCGUGGAAGAGAUGUAUCUUUACUUUAUUCACAACUUCGACUGAUGUUUCGAAAGGUUACAUGUGCAAAACCUAGAAGUUCCCGUGCGAGUUCCUUGGAAUCUUUCGUUGUUUGUGAAGACUUUUGUCCUCCUCCUAACUUCCAACCGGAACUUUCAAAACCUCUUUGUAUAGUAGAUCCAAACUGUACCCAUGAAAUCGCUCCUUUCAUUGCUUGCGGUGAUUUGGAUAGCUAUGAUGCCGAUGCUACAUAUCCCAUUGAUUCUACAUCAAAAACAACGCCAUUAGAAGUUGUGCAACCUCCUACAGCACCACCUUAUAAACGUGCUAUGGAAUUAAAGCAUCAGGGAUUGCUAUAAGUUGAAAGGUGGAUUCUCCUUUUUCUUCAUUUCUUGUUUUAAGGUUUAUUGGCUUGUAUAUUAAUUACUUUUGUUUGAUCAUUACAUGUGGGCUCAGAGCACUCAUCUAGGAGAUAAUGUGAAUGAUCAGUCUGCUUGAGACUUUGCUUUUGUCACCCUAAUGCGUAUGCAUGCUGUGGUUUUUUGGGAAAUGGUAUACAAAAAAAGCUUCAUUUAAUAAAUUAAUUAUUUUGGUUUUUUUUUCUUACACUUGAAUACCGCUCUUUCCUUUAAAGUGCGGUAUGUAGUCUUUCUGCAUAAAGCAGGCGGAUACAUACAGCGUAAUGUUUCAGUCAACUUAUUUACAGAGGAAGCUAGAAACCA